UAUAAAUUCAAGUGAACGUAUGGUUGCCGAAUAAACGGCCAGGCCUGAUAAGAAGAGUGACAAAAGCCCGGUGAUUCGUUGCCGGAGUUAAUAUUAGCACCGCCACCUGUUAAAACAAAGUUGCGCUUUGUUUCUCAUCUCCUUCCUGUCAACAGCUAAGGAUUCAUCAAUUAUCUUGGGGUAAAAAAGAUUGAACAAAAUUGAUAUACAAAUGAGGUUUUAGAGUGUCUUGCCUCUUAAAUUCAUCAAUAAUUUUCAAGUAUUGGAUCGUUUGAGUGAUGCCCAGCACUGAUUUUGUCUCACAGAAGUUCAGUUUCAGAUUAAUUUCACUUCCAUGUAAGUUUGUUCACUAUUCUUUGCGUUCUUCUUGUUGGAUUUCUGAUUUUCCUGCUCAAAAUGUGUCAGAAUCUGAAGAUGAAAAUGGUAGUUGUGUUGAAUCUGCUAUUAAUAAAGAUAUCUUUAAUGCACCCCCAAAAAUGGGUUCUUACCAGUUGGGUGAUUCCACCUUUUAUAUGCUCAUUGAAACUUAUGCUAAGUCGGGGAAAAUUAGUUCAUUAGAUGGGGUUUUGAGUAGAAUGAAGCGCGAAUGCCGGGUUAUUAGGGAAGGGGAUUUCAUUUUAAUGUUUAAGGCUUAUAGGAAAGCGCGUUUGCCGGAAAAGGCUAUGGAUUUGUUUAUGAGAAUGGUGGAGGAAUUCGACUGUAAGCCGACUGUUCGAUCGUUUAACUCGGUUUUAAAUGUUAUGAUUCAAGCGGGUUUAUUUGAGAAAGGGUUGAACUUUUAUGAUAGUGUUAUUGGAAGAGAGAAUAUAAUUCCGAACAUUUUGACUUUCAAUUUGGUUAUUAAGGCUUUGUGCAAGUUGGGAAAGGUUGAUAAGGCUGUAGAAUUGUUUAGAGAAAUGCCGCCUCAGCAAUGCGACCCUGAUGUUUUUACAUAUCAUACAUUGAUGGAUGGAUUAUGCAAGAAUGAUAGAAUUGAUGAAGCAGUUUUAUUGUUGGAUGAGAUGCAGAUAGACGGGUGCAGUCCUACUCAGAUGACAUUUAAUGUAUUGAUUAGUGGACUUUGUAAGAAGGGUAACAUGGCGCGAGCUGCUAAACUUGUUGAGAACAUGCUCUUGAAAGGCUGUAUGCCCAAUGAGGUGACUUACAACACCCUUAUUCAUGGGCUAUGCUUGGGAGGGAAGUUGGAUAAGGCAUUGAGUCUCUUGAACCACAUGGUAUCAAACAAGUGCCUGCCUAAUGAGGUCACAUAUGGAACUCUUGUUAAUGGACUUGUAAAGCAAGGAAGAGCUGUUGAUGGAACUGCAUUAUUGUUGUCUAUGGAAGAGAGGGGAUUUAAAGCAAAUGUAUAUGUUUAUUCCUCUCUUCUUAGUGGGUUGUUUAAGGAAGGAAGGCCAGAAGAGGCAAUGAGACUGUGGAAGGACGUGAUAGGAAAAGGGUUAAGUCCUAAUGUUGUCCUGUAUAGUGUUCUGGUUGAUGGUUUGUGUCGUGUUGGUAGACCUAAUGAUGCCAAAGAAGUUUUAUUGGAGAUGGUCCAUAAGGGCCUUACCCCUAAUGCGUUUACAUAUAGCUCCUUGAUCAAAGGUUAUUUUAGGACAGGUAACAGCCAAGAGGCACUUCGUGCAUGGAAAGAGAUAGAAGGCAGUAAUUCUAUUCAUAACGUGGUUUGUUACAGUGUACUUAUCAAUGGUUUGUGUGAGGAAGGGAAGCUUAAGGAUGCUAUGGCUGUUUGGAGUCAGAUGUUGGGCAGAGGAUUAGAACCUGAUACCAUUGCUUAUAGUUCAUUGAUUCAUGGGUUCUGCAAGGCUGGGUUGCCUGAGCAGGGACUGAAAGUUUUUAAUGAAAUGCUUUUUCAAGGGGUUGAAUCCCGACCAGAUGUGGUAACUUAUAAUAUACUUUUUAAUGGUUUAUGCAACAAUGAUAAAAUCUAUAUGGCUAUUGAUCUUCUGAAUGGGAUGUUGGAUCAUGAUUGUGAUCCUGAUGUACAUACCUGUGAUAUAUUUCUGAGGGCUUUAAGAGACAAGAUGAACCCACCUGAAGAUGGGAAAGCGUUCCUUGAUGUCCUUGUUUUACGAUUAUGCAAGAAGCAAAGAGCAUUGGCUGCUUCCAAUAUCCUGCAAUUGAUGCUGCAGAAAUUUUUGCCACCUGAAGCCUCUGCAUGGAAAGGAGUUCUAGAGCUCUGUUGCAAACGCAGGAAGAUUAUAUUGACACUGGACAAGUGUAGGAGUAAAUUGUUCUGCUGAUUGCAAUGGAAAUGGAAUCUCAAAUGCGGUUGCAAUCGCAAUAAUGGUCCUGAACCACUUUUGGAGGUAUUGUGGAUGGGUUUCGGCUACCACGGCCUAGUAUCACAGUUGAGGGGUGCCCAAAAACUCUAUAAUGCUGUCACGAUGAGAUAAAUGUGGCUGAUUCAGAUGCAUUGAUAUGCCAGCUGGAUCUUGGGAAAUAUUAGUCGAAUCAGUUUGGACAAAGGUGGACAUUCUCAUGUUAUGUUGCUUCAGGUUCAUCUGAAGGAAUAUAUUGCCACAUGCAGCCGUUCAUCCAAUUGCUUUUCCAAUCACUGAUGUAAUUGAGAUAUCUGGACCUCAAUGAUCUGGAGGUCAAUAUAUGCUGGACUAAUGGAAGUGCUGUUUGUUCCCUAUAUGCUAUCUCAAUUCACCUGCAUGUUGACCAUCUUUACCCCGUGGCGCUUUCUUUGAUCAACAGCUAGAGUUGUUCUCAUUACUUGGGUUGUUCUCUCAGCCUUUGGUGAAUGCCUGUGGUUUAAGUUUUGAUCAUAUACAACUAUACCAGCAUUUUUUCAGGCAUUCCAUAAUUUACAAUGACGAGCAAUCUCCAGCCGAGUGAUUGGCGUCAGAUCUUGAGUAUCCUGUCGAAGGAGCCUUAGGUUGCUCAAAAAUCCUAAUGUCAAUGAUUUUAAGUGAUUACAUUGGUGAGGCAGUGUUGGUUAUUCUGAUUGCUGACUAAUUCUCUGACUUCUACACACUCCAUGCUUUCUAUACUACCAGUUUUAUUAGCAUAUCCUUUCCUCCAAUUGUUGGUGCUUCAAUUCAAAUGGUAGCAUAUACUGGACUAGUUAACGGCAGUAUGGGGUCAUGACAAGUCUGCUAGAAUGAAGAUGGAAGUGUAGAGAAGUUUCUGUUCAACUUGGUCUGCUGUGGCUGCAAUAUCAUCAACAUCACAGAGAUUCUCUUGUAGAGAUACCAUUGUCUGCAAGACUGCAAUGUUGCAAGUCUUUUGCUCGUCCUGUCUUACUGUGGAAGAUUUGGAUUCCGAAAAACAAGAAGAAAUAAAAGAAGAAAAAAAGUAGUUAAUCUUUGACACCCCUGUAUGUAUAACUGCUUGGAAGCUGGUAUGAAAUACUAUCUUUCUGCAAAUGGAGUUGAUGUAAAUUGUGAAGCAUCAGUAGUUAAACUUCUGCUGUAGUUGCAGUGAUGUUUAAAUCAUAUAAAACAAUUUCCGCUAGUGUUUAUUCUCAUGGGUUUCAUUGUCCCAUCGAAGAUGAUGCAAUUUACGAAAAUGCUGAAAAAUCUCAACUUGGGAUGUAAUUUCUGUGCACUGAUAGAUCUCGAAAGAUUGUGAAUGGCAAGAUGCAUAGCAGAUAAGGUAGUAAAUUUUUCGUAAGUUUCAGUUUUUUGUUGUUAGUCUUUUGAUAAAUGGUAUAAAAAACUUUGUUGACAAGUAUAGAAAUAGCACCAUUGAAUGAAUCGGUUCA